AUGGGCUUCAACAUUCUGAGAUCCACUUCCACUCCACUCUGUUCCAAACCCAUUUUCUCAACUCUUCUCCUUUCUUCUCCUUCCACAUCUUUCUUCCCCUCAAACCCCGUUGCUCCCCCCACCCUAUCCAUUUCGGCCUCACCCUCUCUCCAACCCAAGCGUCGUUUUCGAGGUGGGAUUGUCCUCAUGUCCGCACCUGGCUCGCUCCAGAAAUCUGAGGAAGAGUGGCGCGCAAUUCUCUCCCCUGAUCAGUUUCGGAUUCUCAGACAAAAGGGCACUGAGUUCCCUGGAACUGGAGAGUAUGACAAGUUCUUUGGUGAGGGGGUUUACAACUGUGCUGGUUGUGGGACUCCUCUCUACAGGUCCAUAACAAAAUUUAAUUCUGGUUGUGGCUGGCCAGCCUUCUAUGAGGGUCUUCCUGGAGCCAUAAAUCGCAAUCCGGACCCUGAUGGGAUGAGGACAGAAAUAACAUGUUCUGCUUGUGGGGGACAUCUAGGUCACGUUUUUAAAGGUGAAGGAUUUCCAACACCCACUGACGAACGCCAUUGUGUCAAUAGCAUUUCACUGAAGUUUGUACCAGCCAAUUCUCGGUAA